UCUGAUCUCCUAUUGGUAAAGUUGGAAAGCAGCAGCAACAUCUAGAAAGGCAACCGAGGAACCUGAAUCGAUUUACAGACAGAGCUGAGAAAGUAAGAUCACACAUCUCCUCCUUCGUUUUUCCCAUUUUCUCUUGCUUGAACUAGUCUAUUGAUGGACUCUGAAACAACCCACUUCCUUUUUCUUUUCCUUUUUCAUGCAUUUAAGUGAUUAGGAUUUGAGAAGUAUUGGGUAUUUUAGAUCUGGGGUUUUCGUUUUGUGCAUGAUCUGGGUUGAAGAAGGAUCUUUUUGAUGAAUUUUGUGACGGGCUCUUGAAAUUUUAAUAGAAAAUUCUGGGUUUUGAUGCUUUGAUUGAAUAAAGUGCAAAAGAUAGGGAAGUUGAAGGAGAUUUGUAGAUAUGGGGAAGCUAUUAAUUUAUGAGAUAUUGGAGAAACCAGCUACGAGUUGUGUAAUAGGAAUUUGUAGUGUAAUCUGGUUUUACAUACAGAAGAAGAACAUUGGAUAUCAGCAUGUCGGUUUAAGUUACGAAACAGCCGUCGAAGGCCACCAUUGGAGGGUGAUUACUUCAGCUUUCUCGCAUAUAAGUGUUAUUCAUCUUGUUUUCAAUAUGAGUGCCCUCUGGAGUCUUGGUGUUGUGGAACAAUUAGGGCAUUUGGGUCUUGGAGUUGCUUAUUAUCUUCAGUAUACUCUUGUUUUGGUUGUAUUAUCGGGUUUGCUCGUGUUGGGAAUGUACCAUGUCUUGAUUCAACGCUUUAAGAUCGAGUAUUUCAGGCGAGUGACCGCUGUUGGGUAUUCUUGUGUCGUUUUCGGCUGGAUGACGAUUUUGUCCGUCAAGCAACCUUCAUCGAAGCUGGAUCUUUUUGGAUUCGUUUCGCUUCCUAUUAGUUUUGCACCUUUCGAGUCGUUGAUUUUCACUUCGAUCAUCGUCCCACAAGCGAGUUUCCUGGGACAUUUAUCUGGAAUCAUUGUAGGGUAUGCUAUAGCUUGGGGUUUGAUUCAUGGGAUGACUAAUUAUUGGGCGGUUUCCAUGCUGGGAUGGAUUGCUCUGGUUUUUGUUUUCAGUUUGAAGCGUUCCGGUGCAUAUGAUUUCAACUUUCUCGAGAUCGAAUCUGUUACCGAUCCUUCCUUGCCUUCUGUUCGGUUUAUUGGAAAUGGUAGAACAUUGCAGAGCACCAUUCCACUUGGAGGCAUCGAACUGGUCUAGUUCAUUUCCAAAGAUGUUGCCAUUGUAUCUACAGCGUAGUCCCGAUUAUCGAGUCAUCCUUUAACAAUGCUUAGUGAUUCACUCUCUGGGGUUCAGCGGUUUAAUUCCAGAGUUGGAACAACCGGGACAUUCUUGGUCAUUAGAUGUUUUUGACUGAUCAAUUGCUUCACUCGGCUGUAAUCGGACAAGUUUUCAGGUCUGGUUUUAAACUUCAUAAAUUUAUUUUCUUCUAAGUGUGGUAUAGCAAUCCACAGAUCAUUGCGCACU